AUGGCUGAACUUAAACGUUUGUUUGCUUCAUUAGAAAAUGCUGAAUUAGCUCGUGCUCAAAUUGAUGAAGAACAUUCAUUCAUACUUAAUCAGUUACAUGCACUUAGUGCACAUAGCCAUAUGGUUAAACAUAAAUAUUUAACAACUAUGAAAGAUACAUUUGCUGCUAAUCUAUCUCGAUAUCGCGAUGAAGAUCUUCGUGUACGUAGUGCUAAUUUAAUUAAAGAAAAAACAAUUCAAGUUAAAUGGCCCAUAAUUAAUAAUAAUGAAAAACAAACUGACAAUCUUUUUAUUUUACAACAAAUAAAAAAUUUUGAUAAUGAAAAUGAAGUUCCACCACCAUUAAUUAUUAAUAAUAAUCAAGCAUAUUUAAUUGAUAAUUUCGAUUUAAUUAAACAACGUUAUUCAUCAUUGGCUGAUUUUAAUUUAUCUCGUGGUAAGAUUUUCUUUUUUGUUGUUUUUUAUUUUUUCUAUUAA